CAACUUCACUUUGAAGCUGCCAUGGUCGAUUCUAUGGUCGAAGGAGACGUCUUUGAGCACUGCAAAGAACGUUUCACCGACCUGUGUAUCAUCUUUGACGCAGAAAAGAGAGGUCUUCAACAGAGCCUGGAUGCCAUGUCCAAUGAUCCAGCAAUGAUCAUGAUGGCCCGAGCCCGCCGUGUGGUUCCCAAAGCUUCGUUUGAUCAGUUGAUCAAGUUCCUUGAGCGCAGCUUCUUUUCUUCGUUCUUUGAAAAUUUUCAAUCCUUUGUUAAGAUAAUACUGCUGAAUAAAUGA